AUACAUAGUGCCAACACUUGAGGUGCUGCGAGAGCAAACACCGAGAAAGAAGCAGAGAGAGCACAGUAAAUCAGAGACAGAGAGAGAAGGAGAAGAAAACAAAUCAAAGUGCAGCGCAGCUGAGGGCUUGACGAAUGCUCAUCCAGCUGGCUUAAGGUUGUCCUCACUUACUCUGCAAACGAGUGUCUCGGCAGAAUGGAUUUCAUUUUUGGUCAACAGACACCGAGCAGGAGCAGCAGCUCUGUAGAUUACUAUGGAUUAUUUCAGACACCGGUGCUGUUGUGAUGAAUGGGAAUGACAGCAUGCAGAAAGGAAGAUGAACUUUGAAUCUCUGGAAAGUUCGAUCCAGAACCUGCUGUCGGUGCUGUACCCGCCCUUCGAGGCCACCGCCCCCACCCUUCUCAGCCAGCUCUUCCACAUCAUUGAUAGUCGUUAUCAUGGAGAUCCCCUGCGAUGCCUGCUGGACUUUCUGGUCCCAGCCAAGAACAUCUUAGACACCGUGCAGCAGGCUGCAUGUGCUCAGUACUCUGAUGUACUUUUCCUGUGUGAGGGCUGGCCUCUGUGUUUGCAUGACCAAGUUGUCAUCCACCUCGCUCCUAUCAACCCCCUGCUACUUCAGCCUGGUGACUUUUAUCUCCAGGUGGCACCAUUCUGUGACCAAUCAGCUCGCAUCGUGGUCUGCAGCCUCCUGGAAGAGGAGGGGCUUUUAGUGGAAGUAGUGGAGGAGACCCCGAUCCCUGAAACUUCCUAUCCUUGUAUAUUCAGCCGUGACUGGUUAGAGGAGAUCAACCAGGGCCGCCAUGGAACGCCUCUCAGCCAAUGCCUGCUCGCCACCGAGCAGGGCGUGGUGAGGUUACCAUGGGAACGGGUGGCCCUGCCUGAUUUUGUGGAUGUGCCACUGUGUGCUGGGAGUAGUAUGGCCUCUGCUCCUCCUUCAAAUCCUCCUUUACCACCUCCGCUUCCUCAUCCUCAUCCUCCACCUCUUCCUCAUUUCCCUGAGAAUUCUGCAUCAAAUCGUUCAUUUCCUCUUUCUCCUUCAAAGGAAUCUGCACCAAAACAGUAUCCUGUAACCAUUCAAAAUUCUAUUUUAACAUCUGCUUCACAGCACUCUGCCUUCACUGUGGAGACCAGAAUAUGUCCGGCGAGGCACGGCAUUGCUGUGUCACUCUGCCUGGUGGAUACUAGUGCCGCUUCUUCAUCUAGGCUGGUGAAAGUGAAAGAGACUGAAACUGAGCUUAAGCCUAUUGGCUGGGUGUCCCCUAAUACGUGGGACAGCUACUUUACUGGGACAGAUCCAAAUACAGCUACAGAAACUCGCACUGUUUCAGGUACAUGCACCCCAGCAAGGGGAGAUAUAACUACGUACAAACGUGAAGAUAAGGGUGUAAUUGUGUCUGAAAAUAUAGUGCCACAUAAACAUAAAGAGCCAAACAACAAAGAUAUAUGCAGGAGAGGACCAGCAGGCCACGCUGUUGCAGAAGGGGAAUAUAUUGAUAUUCUUCAGGCAACUAUGCUUUUUAAUAGAGAUCAGUCAGCAACUGAAGAACAACAGACAUUAGAAGUGCAAAUGCAAUCGCACACACAAAUCGAACCACAAAUGCAAAGACAUCCACAAAGACGAGCACAAAUGCAACCACGUGUAGAAAUGGAGUCAUUCGGGCAAGCACAGAGACAGUCAAACACACAGAUACCACCUCAAGCACAGUCACAAGCACAUGUGCAGUCACCUACAAAACCACAACCACAAAGUCAUUCUAGAUCAGAGGCUGCUGUGUCAUUAAGGCCCAACAUGUCUGCAGAAACAGCUCUCCGCCAUUCCCAAUCCUAUCACCCUCACCCUGACUCCCUUGAACCUUCUCAGUGUGUCCGCACUGUCCAGUUCUCAGAGAAACCCUGUACCCCGUGCAUGAGGAGAAGACAAGGCGGAAAGGCUUCCAGAGCUCAGGAGCUUAAGUGUCGAUACAGGGACUCCUACCAGGCUGCUAUACAAAACCCUGUCACCUUUGGAAAGGAGAAGGAGAGUGGGAAUAUGUUAGCUGUGGUGGAGGAGGAUGGUGAUUUCUCACAGUGCGAUGACAGACUACCAGGGACUGAAACAGGGGAUCCAUGGUGUAAUGUUCAAGGAAUGUGGUUUGAUUCAGGGAUGCAACACCAGUCUCCUUCCUCUGUCAGUGGAGCCAUCUGUAAGGAGUCAGGAGAAAGGAACGCUGUUCCAUAUUGGAAAACAGGCGAUACAAACACUGCCCCCUGUAUGGAUUACAGGGGAAACAAUGUUUUAAAAAUUGGUGCGCUACCAGAACAAACAGCUGAAAGGAACACUUACUUGCCAUUUAGGGAACCAAGGGAUGCACACUCUGCCAAAACUUGUGGCAAUUUACACAUUGUGAACAGGACAAAUAUAGCAGCAGGAACAAGGAUAAACAAUAAUAGAGCUUUGUCAAGUUCAAAUGAUCAGUCAGAUGUCAUCUCUGCCAAACACCACAGACAGUUUCCUUCCACUGAAAUUUCAUCGAUGACCCUCAAGCCUCGUGAACGGCUACAAAGCCGAACUAAUUCCACAGGAGCGAGUCCAAACUUUCCUAAGUCUCUUUCAGCGCCACAGAACCGACGGGAGUCCAUGUCAGAUGGAAGAUGUUCAUCCCUCUCUACAGCUGUGGUGGACACCUCAGAGAAGUGUGCGCUGGUCAUUGUUGAAGGUCAAAAUGUCAGGAGAAGAGAAAAUACUGGCUCCUGUGCAGAGAUUCCCCAGCUGCAUGUGGUCAAAUGUAAAAACAGCACAGCCUUUGGACUGGUUUCACCCAAGAUCAACAGGAGGAAGAUGGUCAUUCCAGAUGCUGCUCAGCCUGGCACUACGUUCAUAACCAGUAGAAAUGGCCAUCAGACGAAGAACCCGUUACAGACAGAUCCACCUCCAACAACAGAGACAAGGAAGAUUUCCCAGCCUGCCUCUACUCGUCCCAGACCUGACCACCUUCCCCUGGGAUCCCCAGACCCCAGAGCCCACCCCCUCUACUUAGGAGUAGCAUCUCGCACAGGUGGCAGAGACAGGACAGGCAGGGCAAUAGUUGAGCUCUAUGGACACCACCAAGGAUGGAGAUCAGCUGUAACAAGCCAGGAGCUCUUCCAGAUGCUGCUCUACUUCCGUACCAUCACCAGGAGAGAAAUCAGAGAAGCUGGGAUGACACUCAUUUUUGAUUCGAGGAAGACAAAUCCUCAACCGCAGCUCUAUAAGGCCUUGAUGACACUUCAGGAACAGACUCCCCAGGCAGUGAACAGUUUCGUGCUGCUGGUGGACAAGGAGAGCAGCCUUCGGCCAGAGAGGUGUCCCGGAAUCCAGCAGACUGAAGUGGUGACAUCGAUGAAAGCCUUGUUCAAGCUGGCGGAGGUGAGUCAGCUGAGCGCCCGCCUGGAUGGCACGCUGUCUCACAGCCACUGUGACUGGAUAGAGCUGCACCAGAAACUCUUCCCAUUUGUGUCUGAUCUUCACGAGGCAUCCAGCCUUCUUCUGAGAGCCAUUAGUGAGUUAGAAGAGCCCCAGAGGACAGACACUGUACAGACUGUGCAGCAGUGCAUGAUGGACCAGAGGACACUGAUGAGGAAUGUACUGGAGGACAGCCGAUUGGUCAGCCUGCAGAGGGAGGGCGGAGCCAUCUUGGCGAGGCUGAGGAAGGAGAGUGACCUCAGAUACCCCCACUGCGAGGACCUCAGUGACGCAGUAGACUCGGUGAGCAGCCUGUACAACCACGUGGAGGAGCAGGCUCACAUCCUCGUGCAAAGGUCCAACAUGUCACUGGAACACCUGGAGUAUCUGCUGCAACUCAGAGAGGUGGAGGGACACUUAAUGCAGAUGCUACAAUGGUUUAACGUAGAGGGAGAGCGCCACCUGCUGGAGGCUGAAUCAGUCGAGGACUCUGGGGACCGAAUGGAGCAGAUCCUCAACAACUUCACUCGUUUCCUUAUUGAAGCUAAUGACCGAAGGCACCACGCCAUGACGUUAGUGUCAGAGGCAGAGCAACUCCAGCAGAUUGGGUUCUCCUACCCAGAGACGGAGGCAUUUGGGACUUUAGUCUGCACCUUCAAAUCAGGCCUAGAGGACUUUCUGUGCAGAGCAGAGGCAUGCGGCAGGGAGCUGCAGGUCAUGGUCAACGUGUGUGAUUUUUGUGAGCAGGCUACAGCUCUGGCCAGCGAAUGCAUUGAGUACCUGGACCAGACUCAAUCCAGAAUCCACACAAUGCAAGACCAUGACCAGACUACAACACCUGUCAAUCACACAAACACUCAGCCAACGCAACACCAAAACCAAGACUCUGGACCGAGCGCUGCAUCCCUUUGCCCGUUUGAUGUCCACACACCUCAUGCUCCAAAUGUUUUACUGUCAAGCAAUGACACCUCCAUCCUGCAGAAUUUUCAAGACAGGUUCCUCCAGUUCAGCCCAGAGAGAUUUCAGGAGGUGAAGGCCCAGGCCAUUGCCCUACAGGGCUCCAGAGGGAUGCAGGUCUGGAACGUAGCCUGGCUGAGAUGCCAGGAGGCCAGGCAGCAGUUUAAGGAGAGGAUGCAGGAUGUGGAGAAAGUUUACCACCAACAGGUAGACUCUACCAGCUGGUGUGAACCUCAUUAUGUUGAUGUGGUAAGCACUAAUGUUGAGACACCGUCCCCCGGUGGCCAGAGUCUGGUGGUACAAUCAACUCCCGGGCCUCUGCACCCACAGUGGGAGGGCAUUGUGUCGGGAGCGGUGGAUUUAGGGAAGAGAAGGCCGAUCCUGGGCAGCAACGACACUAACUCAACAACUGUAGCCUGCUGUAACAUCAAACCUGAGGAUCGCAGUGAUGCUGGAACCAGCCAGGGGUCAAAGGUCACUCCACAGUCACCUCACAGGUCAGCAAGGAGAACAGAAAGAGAGACGAGGAGGAGACAGACAAGCAGAGCGAGGAGUGAGAGAGAUGCCGCUGCUCUGUCUCAGUCCCACACUGUUGGCUGUCAGUGGUUUUCAUGGGGACUAGGUCUUGGAGUGAGGUCGGUGAGUCAGGACUCGUGCACCACUGGAGUAGCGACGGCGGGGUCAUUCACUCCUCCAGAGCAGCAAGUUCGACCCCCGUCAUCCUGCUCCCACCAUGGUCAGCCGUCUUCUCGGAUCCUCCAGGAGGCUCAGAAGUUCCAGAUCUCUCGCCACGGGAGCUUCUGCUCAGAAGACUCCUGUAUGAGUGACCGGGGGGCUGUAGGGGGUAACGGGACUUUAUGCUGCAAACACUCGAGCCUCCCCAUCGGGAGAUAUGAGGGGGCCUUUUGUUUGGCAGGUCCACAGGAGAGUGCCAGCAAUGCCCUGAGGCUGCAGCGUGUCCUGGAGGAGCUGGUGUUUACAGAGAGAGAAUAUGUCCGCUCACUGGGCUACAUCCUGAACCACUACCUCCCCCUGCUGGACAGACCAGACAUCCCCCAGGACCUCAGGGGCAAGCGAGGUGUCAUCUUUGGCAACCUGGAGAAGCUUUAUGACUUCCACAGCCACUACUUCCUGCCCGAGCUGGAGGCCUGCCAGAGGGAGCCCGCCAUGGUGGCACGCUGCUUUCUCAGACAUAGUGAGAGUUUCGGCCUGUACGCUCUGUACAGCAAGAACAAACCUCUGUCAGACGCCCUGAUCCUGCACCGUCGCCAUGACAUCUUCAAGAAGAAGCAGCAGGAGCUGGGGGACAUGAUGGACCUUUCAUCCUACCUGCUGAGGCCUAUCCAGAGGAUCAGCAAGUACAGCCUCCUUCUGCAGGACAUACUGGCUCUGGCUGGCUCAUACAGGCCAAAAGACAUGAUCCAGGAAACACUGCUCGCAUCUAGUGUGUGCGCGCAAAGUGUGUGUGGCCCGGGUUCGUUUGUGCCUGAUCUGACGAGCAGUGAGAAGGAGCGGGAGAGGACUGAGAUCCAAGCUGCUGCAGACCUGGUUCGGUUUCAGAUGCGCCACGGCAACGAUUUGCUCACCAUGGACGCCAUCCAGGAGUGUGAUGUAAAUUUAAAAGAGCAGGGCCAGCUCAUUCGCCAGGACGAGUUCACAGUUUUCUUUAGGAAGAAGAAAUGUGUUCGCCGCAUCUUUCUCUUUGAAGAUCUCAUCCUCUUCAGCAAGACCAAGAGGACAGAUAUUGGCAACGAUGUUUAUGUCUACAAGCAAUCAUUCAAGACAAGCGACAUCGGGAUGACCCACAACUCAAGUGUAAGCAGCUUGUGUUUUGAGAUCUGGUUCCGCAGGAGAAAAAGUGAGGACACCUACACCCUGAAGGCCUCCAGCAUGGAGCUGAAGAAAGCCUGGACUACUGACCUGGAGAAGAUUCUGUGGGAUCAGGCUGCUCACAGUCGAGAGCUGCGUAUGCAGGAGAGGGUGUUCAUGGGAAUGGGCCGCAAACCUUUUAUGGACAUUCAACCCAGUGAUGCUGCCAUCUGUGACCGAGCCGUGAACUGCGCUCUGCCUGGGCGAAUUCCUGUGGCCUGUUGUUCACACAGGAGCUUAGAAUACCCACGACCACACUCCAUUGGCUCUGGCAGCACCGCCUCCACCACCCUCAGCCAAUCAUCUUCCUCCUCUGGCCGGGGCUCGCUGCCCCCUGCUGGUUAUCCCGGGAACCUGUCACAGGGGGUGGAGAACAGUCCUGCUGUCUGCUCCUACCCUGAGGCUAUGACUGAAAAUGAACUUAACAAUCAGCAUCUUCAUCAUCUUCAUCAUCGUAACUGUGAACAAUGGAAAAGUCAUCAUCCACUGAUGGACAGCACUGAAUCAUCUGGAGAAUGCAUCAACCUCUAUAGCAGCUCAGACCGCAACUGCCUGUCUGCCAUUGGUGGAGAAGUAGUGGACGACUCCUCCUUGAAUGCAUCCCAGAGUUCAAAGCCUCGCCCACCACUUUGUCGGACCCCCAGUCUGAGGAGAGACGGCUCACCAGCAAUUAGCAGAAAGAAACCAAGUGUUGCCCCAAAACCUCCACAUCUGGCUAAUGCUCAGGGUGAUGACAUUAUAAUCGGAAAAUCAACAGAAGUUUAACCCUGGAUUCCCUGCAGGAGAUCAUCGGUCCACUGAAGCUGUUCAGUCCUGUUGGAGAUCUUCUGGCCGCCCUGCAGACGGACAGUUUAUCUGAGUGAACAUAGUGGCUACACAGUCACAAGGCAGUCAGCUUUGUCUGCUCACAAUGUUUUGUUUUUAAUGAUUUAUUGAAGCAAAUGAGGUUUGGUGUGUUGGUAUCAUGUGUCAGUUAUUCAAAUAUGGUUGUCUUACAGUAUAUCACAUGUAAAUGACCAUGCAAGAAAGAAGAAGAGGCUGCUACAUGGAUGAUGUGGUUGACAGAGAGAUGUGUACACACACACACACACACACACACACACACACACACACACACUAUUUUGUGGGAUCUUCUGUGCUGUACAGACUUUACAGUUAUUAAUAUGCAGGGGAUCAAAAAGGUUGUAUUUAUUAUCUUCGUGGAAAUCAACAGCUUGUGUGGAACAAACACACAGGACCACCACACAUGUGGGAGACAACUUCAACUGUAUCGCUCAGUUUCAUGCUCCUUUUCAUUUUUCAGAGCAUUGUUUGAGAAACAAUUGUACAUCAUUAUUCUCUUGACAUCUGGACUACAUUGUUUUGGUUACAAGAUGACAAGGGAAACUUAAUGGACUCCAAGAUAUAGUCCAAGUUCGCAAGCUAUCCACUGGCCAUUAGCCCAGAGCUAGCUGAAGAUCCAAACUUAAAGUUGAUGACCAUAAAUGGAGACGCAUGUGGAUAUGUGUGCAGAUACGGAGAAGUAAUUGUAUUAAUUAAUAUAGAAGUAAUUAAUAUAUAAGGGUAUAUCUAUUUAUUUGUAUUUGUAUCUGUCUGGCUCUGAGAUUCUUACAGUAGCCCUGUAUUUAUUAAUUUAUCAGAAAGGACAGACCACUUAUGUGUUUCACAUCUGGAUUUGAAUUACUCUGUAAUGCAUUUAAUCAUACAGAGAGAAAGAACAUGAAAGAUUGGGUUUCAAAUUGUAAUCACACAACUACUGCAUAUACUAACAGAUAUAGUGUAUGACUACAAGCUUCCAGGCGAAAACCACUUACUGUUAUUAAGGGUCCACUAAUGGUUCCAUACUGAUCAAUGUUCCAGCUACACUCUCGUGAAAAUGACCAUUACGAAAUUUAUUUUUCGGAUUGUUUUCUUAAGUUGUUGAUGAAAGGUGCCAAUUUUCUUGUAAGUUCUGUGAUUUUUCUUUACUGUCUGUGCAAAAUGUACAGUAUAGCCUACAAAUCAUAACAGGAUUUUGAAAAACUGAGGUCAUAAUGUCGACCUCUGUUUAUUUUAUUUAAAAGCCACUAACCUUUUAUGACAUGGCAGAUCCCGUUUUUUUAUUACUGUCUUUUUCCUCUAGGCUUUUUCUUUUGUUAAUGUGUUCAUUCAUUCGAUUAUUUGCUUAUUUAAAUGUGGGGUCAGUACAGUUGUCUUUCCUCUAAUGUUCUUUUUUUUUUAAGAUACAUUAUAAGACUCGUUUUGUGUGGUUUCUUCCCUCUGAACUCUGACCAGACAGACUGUAAGAACAUGAGAAUACAGCAUGUGACGAUGCUUCGCUUCCCUAUUCCGCAGACACAAUGAUUUCUCAGAAGGACAUCUAGACACUUAUUGCAAAAGGUUUUUAUUUCCCUGUGUGCAUGUUUUAGUUUGGUACUGAACACCCCUGCAGUUGAAAUCUGGUUUUGAGUCUUUAUUUUGUGUUUCAGUUUCAUGACCUAUAUACUGUACAACUUCCUCCAGUACAUUUUGUAAGACAGGAUGCCUUGCGCUGCCUAUCGAGAGAGAGAGAGAGCGGGGGGUUAUACCCAGGUCGACUGUGUGUUUGAAUGUGGUAACCCUCUUCGAUCUACUGCUCGGCUUCGCGACCCAUGCAAAACUGCCUGUAAAAACCCAGCGUUGGAAGGUAAACGUAUAGAAAUACAUUUUGUUUAAUCCUCUAUGCACCGCUGCUCUUACUCCUUCUCUCUGGCACGAGACACCUGCAGUUCAGUGCAGCUGCUGGGUAAAGCAAAUCUCUCUCUUUUUUUUGUCUGUCUGAAGCCAACAGCAAAGCAGUAGGGCCCAACUUUACUUUUAAUGAAAUCAAGCAGAGAAAUGUUCUCCCCUCAUCUUAAAAUAGUCAUAAAUCGCUACUAGAGUAACCUAGGCCUACUUCCUUACCCAGCUGCUGCAAAUAUGCAGAAGGGAAAAUAGCCUAGUAUGAAAGAAGAAGGUGGUUACUUAAGUUUCAGACAAUGUAUUGUGUAUGCUUUUGUCACGAUACCCACAUUGCACCGUCCGCUCGCUUAUGUUUUAUUGGCUCGAUUACGGAUAUACAUAUUCAUGGACAUUCAUGUUAUUUUUUAUUUUCAAUUGAAUCUAAGCCCUAUGGCCUAGUUGGGGAUAAUGUCUGCAGAGCUUUUGUUUUUGUGAAUGCUCUGUUCCACUCUGUUACAACGCUAAAUUGACACAAUAUUUUCAUUUCCCUCAACACUGUACAAUGUAAAAGUGAAAGUCUUUUAAUGUGACCUGAGAAAACUGUGUGAAGUAUUUGACUGCCUUGCAAAAGAAAAAACUGCUAAGUUGGAUACGAAUGUUUAACUGUAUAAUGUGGAAUUUCCUAUUUUACAUUAUAAAAUUGAAUAGAUCUGU